ACGAGAAGAUGCUUACGGAGAAAUGUUUAGCAGGAAUUUGUAAUGAGGUUCCGAAUUAUCCAGAAAAACUAGCCAUUGAUUUCGUAAAUAAGCUCAAAGCAAGUAACAGUUUUAAAAUAUUUAACGAGGAUUUACUUGUAAACACAACUUACAAAUCUAAUAGCACCCACGUUACACCUUUGUGCAAAUCUAGAGAAGAAAUUUCUAUUCCACAAGUAGCUAAAAGCAAGAAUGGCACUUGGCAUUACAUUCUUAAUCCAAAAUAUGAAGCGGUACAAAGGUUUCGCGUUGAAAUCUGCUCCUUUAACAAAGAAGAAAAAGAAAAGGAAAUUUCUUCUGCUGUGCAAGAAAAAGAAAGCUCCUCAAUCUGCGCCGAUAGGGUGCGAAACCGAAACUAUGAAGGAGUAUGCGUGCAAAAGUACGUUUUACGCAAAAUGGUGGCAAUAUCUGGAGAUUCAGUAUUUAGUGACUAUUUUCACAUCCCUAGUUGUUGUUCCUGUGUAGCAAGAUCUUAUUUGGACUAAUAUCAAGUUUUUUGAAUGUACGACAGAAUGUGAUAUUCUUUGAAUCUACAUCAUUACUUAUGAUGAACUACUAGCGGUCUGCCCGUCACAUACAUAGGAUACAUAGACUUUCUCAAUAAAUAGGCCAUCUAACACUGAAAUAAUUUUUCAAAUCGAACCAGUAGUUCCUAAGAUUAGUGCGUUCAACCAAACAAUCAAACAAACUACGAAUCAAACGAAUCAGAAUUAGGGUUUGUUAUUGUAAUAUCAAUAAUUAUGAUGCGGUUUAACGACGUACGCAAAGCCUAUCAUGGCAACAAGAAUGUGUUGUGAUAUCUCGUCAUUAUUAAUUUUAAUGUACAUACGUUUGUAACUUGUGUUAUAUAAUUAGUUGUAAUUACGCAUUAUAUGCUAGCGUCACUCGGUCGAUUUGUCCUUUUACAGACGUCACUUAUUUAUUACACCGAAAAGUAUUAUGAUAUUUUAGUUGUAUCGGCAGUAUAUACUCAUUGAAGUGAUUGUUUAUAAUAAAUUUAAUAAACUUAUGGUUAGCAAAUAGUAUAUACAACAUGUUAUUUUAAGUUAAAUUAUAAU